CUAAUAGAGUGUGUGAUGACAUACACCUACUCCUUUACCAUUGACACAUAGCUAAUUUCUUCAGCUAAUGCUUUUGUUUUCAGCAAAGCAAAGUGACUUCAGACCCUGGCAUCUGGUGACUUUAUAGUGCAGGGAUGGGGAACCUGAUGACCCUCAGAGGUUACUGGGCUCCAGCUCCUAUCAUCCCAGACUAUGGCCCAUGCUAGGUGAGAUCUGAUGGGAAUUGGAGUCCAACAACAUUUAGAGGGAUAUAGGUUCCAUCAAGGCUACCAUGGGGUGGGGAAAUGCUGCUGGACCAAGUCCCCACACAGCCCCCCCCAAAAAAAUUGGGUUUGCCACUCCUGCUAUACACACUUACCUAGGAGUAAGGCCCAUUGAACUGAACAAAUCUUUCUCUGAGUAGGCAUUUAUGGAAUUGCUGUGUAAAUAUGGUGGGCCUGCUGGUCUAUAUACCUUCUAUGGCUGCAAUCCAGAGCAGGUCUGGCAGCACAAGCAACCUAAGCAGUUGCUUUGGACCACAACACGUUAAGAGUCACCACUGAAUUUGUGUGUGAUCUGAAAGGUAUGUCCCAGAAGCCUUUGCAAUAGUUCAUUGGAUGGGUGUCAUGUACUAAGCCUGUAUCCUAGAACAAUAGGCAAUUAGGAUCCUAGAAUGCAACAACUGAUUGGCCUGCAGGAAAAGACCAAUUGGGCUCCAGGAGGGAAGCAGAAUCAGCCAAUCAGAUGGGACUCAUUGUGUAAAUAAUGUAUAUAAAAGCCUGAGGUUUGGAGGGCAAUUCAAUCAGUUUUACAAGCUGCAUUAAAGAGCAUGAAAUCACUACAGGACUCUUAAGUAUAUUUCACUGGCGACAAGGGUGGGAUCCUGCCGAGCUGUCUGCUGCGCACUGCACACAGCUGCCACAGGCAACACAGCACCGCACUGCGCAUCCAGGCUACAGCUCCAGGACCCAAGGACCCAGAACGGCAACAGACAACAGCUUCAUGCCGUUCAGCCCAGCCUCAGGAGACUGGGAAGGCUAUGCCACCCACUUCCAGUUACUCCUGGAGGCAAAGGAUGUCACUGAUGCAGGCAAGAAGAGGGCGACCUUCUUCAGCGUCUGUGGAGAAGAAAUGUUCGAGAUCGCCCGAGCCCUCCUCACUCCCGCAAAUAUAGCAAUCUUUCCCUACGACACUUAGAUCAUGCAUAGCUUUGGGUGAUCUAUUGCUCAGCCCAACCACUUGGGGUGGGGGGAUUCUCUGGAACUGGCCCUGCUGAAAUCAUAUGCAUACUUCCCUGGGAGUAACUGGUCACAUGUCUCUGGGAACCAAGGAGGACUUACCUCCCCAGGAACAUGCACGGAGAAUUGCGUUUCUGAAUUGUGUUUCCCACUACAGUCCUGGCUCACACUCUGAGCUACAGCUGCCCCUGGGACAAUAAUGCCAGAAACCUUGGGCACAGGAUAAUAUUCCCUAGACGGGGGUGGGGACAGUGCAGACUUUUGCCAGUGAUGACGAUGAUGCCAUUCAGGCUGUCCCUGCCAGUUGUCCAGAGAAGCUCACACACCCUGAUUGCUGUGUGCAGAAAAGCUACCUUCCCUUUCCCAAGAGAGGGCAAAGAGCCAGACAGGUCUGGGCCCAUCCCACCAGCCACAUUGGGGAGGCGUGGCUGCAAGAACCUGAACUUCCUCUUAGCAUUUCAUAGCCUUCAGUUCCCACCCUGCCUUGUCCCUCUUCUGACAGGGAUGAGCCGCUGUGCAGAGAGCCUGAAGGGCUUCCUAGCCCGGGUCGAGGCCCAAGCAGGGCAAGAGAAGGGGCAGCUGGCUGAGGAGUUCCAGGAAAUCAAAGCCCAGGCGGCAGCAUUCCGGCAACAGCAGGGCAUUUCAACAGAAGCUGGGGGCAACAAGGAGAAUAUCAAGAAGAACCGUUACAAAGACAUCCUGCCAUAUGAUCAGACCAGAGUUGUUGUGAACUUCCUGACAGAAGAAGCCCAAGCUGAUUACAUCAAUGCAAACUUUAUUCAGGGUGUGGAUAACAAGCAGUGCUAUAUUGCAACCCAGGGGCCUCUUCCACACACAGUGCUGGACUUCUGGCGCAUGAUUUGGCAGUACAAGGUGAAGGUGAUUGUCAUGGCUUGUCGGGAAGUGGAACUAGGCAAGAAAAAGUGUGAGCGCUACUGGCCUUUGGCAGAGGAAACCUUGCAUUUUGGAUCCUUCUCUGUGGCACAGGUUAAAGAACAGGAACUCAAUCCAGAUGUCAUUCUGCGGAUGCUUACCCUGACCUUUCAGAAGGAGGAGCGGGAGCUAUCCCAUUUCCAGUACGUAGCUUGGCCAGACCGGGGCAUCCCAGACACUUACGGCCACUUCCUUGGCAUGAUUGAGCAAGUGAGAAGCAAGCAGGGUGAGAGUACUGUGCCCAUCUGUGUGCAUUGCAGUGCUGGCUGUGGCCGGACAGGUGUGAUCUGUACCCUGGAAUACAUACGGCAGCUGCUGCUGAAACAGAGAAUCCCCCCGCAUUUCAGUAUUUUUGAUGUUGUCCUAGAAAUGAGGAAGCAGAGACCAGCUGCUGUUCAGACCCAGGAGCAGUAUGAGUUUGUAUACCAUGCGGUCACUGAAAUGUUCCGGGCUGCCCUGAGUUUAUCUGACUCAAACUAUGAAAACGUCAAAGAAAACCGUCUUCCCCUCUAUGACGACGCCCUCUCCCUCCGACACCUGGCUGUGGCCCCGCUCAAACGAAGCACCGUCCUCCACCGGAGCAUCUCGGUGCCGGUUGACCCUCAGCCCACAUCAGCGCCAGAACAACCACCCAAGCUCAUCAGGGACAUGGGUGAUACCUAUGCGGUUGUGAACAAGCUCCGGCGAAGUGGACUGGGCGCUUCUCCUCCUCCUCCUGCUCCAGGCAACGAGGCCCCGCUUAGUGGAGAGGGACCCCUUUAUGCCGCAGUGAAGCCUCGGAUGAGCAAUGUGCCCGACACCUUGGCAAUUGACCCCAGUGCCUUUGUAGGAGUGCAAGCCAGUCACUCGCUGCCUGGAAGCCCCAUCCACCGGCCAGCUUCCGCGGCAACCUGCGAAUACGCCCAAAUUAACCCAGGCGAUUCCAAUCCCAGAGUCACCUCCUCCUCUCACAUCAAUGGAUUAGGGAAAAAGCCCCUGAGGAACCUGCUGCCCACAGUUUUUAGUUCAUCACCUGGGAAGAAAGCCCCACCAUCACCACGGACUGCCCCCACCCAAGAAUAUGAAGAUGUGGGCAACAUCAGUCCCAGGAGUAGCCCAAAUGCGGUGGUAUCUUCUGCCAAUGGAAUGGGUAAGGGGACCUUUAGGCAAAAGGUCAUGAUAGUGCUGCAGGGUGCAUUCGUGUGGAAACUGAGGGGGUGGAGAGGGCCAGGUUCCUACCCAAAUCUCUCUCUCAAACACACACACACACACACACACACACACACACACAAAGUGGUUCACACACCUGUGUAGAUUUCAAUAUACAUACUAGGGUCUACUGCCACUGCUUGCUUCACUGAUCAACCCCACCUCUCUGCCACCACCUUUGCCAACUACCUCCCCCCCACAUGACGACACCCACCUUCCUUUUUUCACACUGGAGCUGGUGCAGCUGCCUAGUGGCAGGCACAUGAACUGCAGCAUAAUGACAGCCUUACAUUUUUAUGGGUACAGCAAGAUAUACAAACACCUCCAACAUAAUCCACGUUAGGAGGAAAGGAGAGUGAGGUUGUUAAAUAUAGCUCAAGAGGACUGCAUGAUUCUCCACAUCCUGUCAUGUGUUAAAAUUAAAAUACACAAAAGGACAAUUGCCAUCAGAGAUGUGAAGGGGAGAGAAUCAUAAAAGAAAUAGAACAAACCUCUCAGUGCUUUGUCCAUCUCCUCUUGCCCCUCCAGGGUUUAACUUCCGCAUCGGGAAGCCCAAGGGACCAAGAGAUCCUCCUGCUGAAUGGAGUCGCAUCUAGGCAGCAUGACAGAGAGACAAGGACACUGCUUCUGCCAUUGAGCAAUACAGAUCGGGACCAAUACUGCUGCCUGCUCACUUCCUUAGGGAAUAACUGUAAAAAUAAUAACCACCAGCAAAUUGUGCCUCUGGGGCCAUGGACCAAAAGGCAGCAGCAGUUGCAUGCACUAUACUCCAGGACAUUUCUACCAGAAGAGAAGGAUAUGGACGUGCUUGAAAUGUUGGGAUCCACCAGCUAAGGAACGUGUGAACCUGGCAGCCACCUUCUCUUCACCAGCUUCUUGAGCGGCUCUUAGUUGGCCAGGCCAACUAAGUUUUGCCCGCCAAAAUUUAAAGCCUGGUACCCCAUGCCAGGAAAUAUCAACACAGCACAUCCCUCCUCCCAUUAAACAAUAUUUGCUAA